AUAGAUAUUAAGAACACUAAAAAUAUUAAUCUUACUAGAAUUAUCCUAUACAAUUCAUUUUAAAUUGAUCAAUAUACUUUCAUUGGCCAUAUUGAUUUUAUUAGUACAAAUAACAUUAGGUAGAUAAAUCAUAGACACUUAAUAAGGAUUUGACUAUUCUUUAACUACCUUGGGCCUAAUCUACUUUCUAAAACAAAUAACACAUAGCUUUAUAUAUUGUAUAGAAUAUAGUAAUAUUAUAUAGUAUUAUACUUAUACAAUAAUACUAAAAACAAACCAAACUGAAAUAUAAUAUAUAUCGAAAAUGCUAUAAACCAUUACAGACAAAAUAUAUUAGACCUCAGGGAUAAAAUUCAAUUUCAAAUUAUGUAAUAAUUAUUUUAAAAAAUUAAACUUCGUAAUGUACAAAAAACAUAAGUUUUAUAUCAAAUUUUGUGUUAUAACAAAAAGACACAACUCGCGCUUGCAAAAUAUUAUUUUUACAUACGAAAGACAGUUUUGGUACUGUUUUUUAAACACAAAAUUGAAUUAUACAAACUCGAUACUACAAAAAACUAAACAAUACAGAAUACAUUUUAAAAAUAAAACCCGUGCGGGUGCGCAUGGUCUUUGCGAAAAUCAUAGAUAUGUUUAUAUAAUAUAUAAAUAUAUUAUGUUACACAUAUUUUCAUAUAAAUAACACCCCAAUGUAAGUUUUGUAUGAUAAAUAUUGAAAAUACAAAAUAUAGCACUAUAUAUUUAAAAUAAUAUAUAAAAAAUCUACUUUACAUUAUCAUAAAUUUUAAAAAUCAAAUUUAGUAAUUAAAUACAUUGCUUAUUUAAACACAUUAGUACACAUUGUUAUUUAUCAAAAUUUUAUAUUAAUACACUUGCAAUCAUGUAUAACAUUUAGUACAAAUAAAGAUAAAAAAAUUGAUUCCCGCUCGGUCGAGUGGGUCAUGAUCUAGUUAAUAUAUUAAAUUGAGAGUGCUUGAUUCAUGCCAUCUAUUCCCCACCAGAUUUUUUAAUUUCGGUCAUUAACUAUAGCUCAUACUAAUCUGUGUACUAGUGAAGAACAAAACCCCAAUUUGUCUACAUAUAAGACAUCCAUAAUAAUUAACCAUAAUGAAAUCACGAAAGCACCACUAGAAACACCGUCACCUUGAGUUACAUAUUGAAUAUAAUCAUCAUGAAUUGGUUGUUUUCAACUUUCAAGUGAGAUUUAAUUAGAAGAAACAAAAAAUAGAAAUAGUAGCUUGGGAUGGAAACGUACGAUGAGUGGGUGAUAAAUAAAUAAAUGCUAUAAAUACACUCAACGGCUUUCUCUCUUCAUCUAUUAUACACACCUACACGCACGAGUGAAAAGGAGAGAGAAAGAUGUUUGCAGUAGAGAAUGGGUUGCAGGGAGACCCAAGACUACAGGCCAUCUCCGACGCCAUUCGAGUCAUUCCUCACUUCCCAAAGACUGGAAUCAUGUUUCAAGACAUAACGACGCUGUUGCUAGAUCCAGUUGCCUUCAAACAUGUCGUUGAUAUCUUUGUAGAUCGUUACAAGCACAUGGACAUCUCUCUCGUCGCCGGCGUAGAGGCGAGAGGAUUCAUAUUUGGACCUCCCAUUGCAUUAGCCAUAGGUGCUAAAUUCAUCCCUCUACGUAAACCAGGAAAAUUACCCGGGAAAGUGAUAAGCGAAGAAUACGAGCUAGAGUAUGGAAACGAUCGUCUAGAGAUGAGUAUGGAGGCCGUUAAAUCCCGUGAAAGAGCUCUUGUCAUCGGCGAUUUAGUUGCCACUGGUGGAACACUCUCCGCUUCCAUUAAACUCUUGGAACGUGCUGGGGCCGAAGUUGUGGAAUGUGCCUGCGUUGUUGGUUUGCCUAAAUUCAAGGGGCAUUGUAAGCUAAAGGGAAAGCCAUUGUACGUUCUGGUGGAGCCUAGCCAGUUAGAUGAAAUAGCCUUUUAAGCCUGUUUUACUGAAGUCACCUCCAUGACUCCUAUAUCGUCAAGUUCCAACUUGAUGUAUUACUAUUAAGUUAUCAACGGUUAUGGCAAUAAUAGAAUCGAUUUGAUCAAUUUAUAUGUAACUAAAGAUUGUGUAAACCUUAUUAGACUCCAUGUGGAAUGACUCAUGCUAGUAACAAGCUACCUUGUAAUGUACUUUGUUCUACAUUGUUCAAAGCUUGUUUGUUUCA